AUGGCUUCAGGAGUUUUCGGACCACUAUCCCUGAAAAUUAUCAAAGCCUUCUCCUUAUUCUCCAUGAUUACCGGAUCAAUGGAUGUCCUUUCCGGUGUCAGCUUGAUAGCCUCAAUGUCCGGAAGCUCCCUUACGGGCACACCGACAUCGUUGGCACUGGCUGAUAGUCAGCUACGAUUCUUGGGAGCAAUGUGGGCUGGUUAUGGUGCAAUGCUCUGGUGGGCUAGCAAUGACCCACAAACGAGACGGUUUCCACUGGCCAUGCUUGGUGGAAUAUUGUUUGUUUCAGGGAUUGGGCGUGUGAUAUCUGGCUUGAGUCGUGGUUUCAAUGCUACUUGGGUGAAAGUUGCUACGGUAGUUGAACUUGUUGGUCCGAUUGUGAGCCGUCCUGGACAUUCGUGGAUAAAGACUUCCAAGGUUCUUGAUCACGAGGGCCCAGUGUAUUAUUAUUUGUGA